GGGAACGGAGGGAGUAUUACGGAACGUCAAUUUCAUCCGUCUCCAUCAUAAUAAUCACAACAUUGGCAAUCGUUUCUUUUGGAAAAUAAGAUGUGUAAAGCUUAAUACGGCGCGUGAUCGUAUGUGCGUCGCGUAUUUCACUGUCUAAAAUGCAAAAAAAUACCCCGGACGUCGUUAUUUUUCGUAAAUAAUUCGAGUGCAAGGGGACCGGGUUCACCCUCUAUUUUCGCCCCCCCUAAAACGCAAAUGGUCAGGGGCUCCCUAUCGGAUUUUUUGUUCUUGUGAAUGGUUUUUUUUUGUGGUGGUGCUUAUUCCGGGUUUAUUGAGGUGCCGAAAUGAGGUGGAUCGCCCACAUCGAGGGCUGCCCCAAGAGGGUCAAUCAUGCCGCCGUGGCUGUCAAUCACAAAAUUUAUUCUUUCGGCGGUUACUCCACAGGAGAAGAUUGCCGAGGAUACACUUCAAUGGAUGUACAUGUUUUAAACACUCACACCAACCGAUGGGUGAAACACCCCGUCAGCGAUCUGCCCUAUUUUGAAAACGAUGAUAUUUUGCCAUAUAGAAGGUACGGCCACACUGCGGUAGUAUACAAAGACAACAUCUACAUAUGGGGCGGCAGGAACGACCGCGCCUCCUGCUCGGUACUGUUCAAAUUCGACACGUUCUGGCACUGUUGGACGGCGCCCCCCACCACCGGGCCCGUGCCCCUCGCCCGGGACGGACACACCGCCUGCAUCUGGAAAAAUUACAUGUUCAUAUUCGGGGGCUACGAGGAGGAAACGGACGUGUUCGCCAAACAAGUCUGCUAUCUGGAUUUGGACCGGUUACAUUGGAAUAUCGCCGUAUGUGGAGGUUUCGAACCGACCCUUCGGGACUUCCACACUACCGUCUGUAUAAAUGAUCGAAUCUACCUCUUUGGAGGCAGAGGUGCCAUGUUAUCCCAAAUAAACACCCCGUUGGAGACUUAUUGCAACAAGGUCUGGUAUUUGGAUAUGAAAACGUUCAAUUGGCAUUGCUGCAAGGCCACCGGUGAAAUUCCAGUGGGACGAAGGAGUAAUUCGGCCUUUGUCCACAACAAUAAAAUGUACAUAUUCGGCGGGUACAAUUCGGUACGAGCGCAGCACUACAACGACCUCUACAUGUUCGAUCCGGAAACCUGCGUGUGGACGAGGAUCAAUCCGUCUGGCAAGUCGCCCUGCGAGAGACGAAGACAGGCCUGCACCAAAGUUGGCGAUAAAAUCUACAUUUUUGGUGGAACAAGUCCGAUGCUGAACAAAAACCAAGAGGAAGACCUGGAGAGCGGUCUGGACGGAUUGGUGGAUCACAGUGACAUGUUCAUACUAGACCUGAACUCCUCCCUGAAGACCCUCAGUAUGGUCGCGGUGAAGAGAUACAACCUGGACGAUUCCGCGCUACCUCAAAGCCUUAGGAUGGAACUGUACAACAUGCACAUGCCGAACAAAAUUACAAUAAGUCGACCGUGUAACUCGGCCGGCUAGCAAACGACCCCGUAAAAUGUCCCAUAUUAUUGUUUCUGGUAUAAUAACAAUAGUCAUCGGUAAAUUUGUAUAGUGUCUUUUUGUACAUAGUCAAAAAAAAAAUAAAUAAAAAUAACAUUUUAUUGAA